AUGCUGGUGCUCAUCCUCGAGGCGGAUGCUCACGUCGAUGCAAGGCUGUUAGAAUCACUGCGAGAGACAUGUAAUUCCUCCUCCGGCGACGGCCUUUCUCUUGCAGAGCUGCAACCUUUGAUUGUGCCGCAGUACCAGCAGAUCAUGGAGCAAGAGGCACAGAGGGCACAACUGGUGUCAUUGGUAGAGCAGGAUGGGUGUGACAACAUCACUCAGGGCAGCCAGGGCGCUAGAGCCAAGCUUUGCCAAAAGUCCAAGAGCAAAACCGAAAGGCCAAUCCAACAUCAUGGAUCGGAGAUGUUGCCCAUCACUCAUAUCAGCUCAUUCAUGGGGAGCAUGCUUCAGCUCUGCCUGCAGUUUUGUGCCUUGCAGGCCAGCAUGUCGAGGUCUUUGCUGCGAAGCACCGGAGUGACCUCUCAGGGGCCCAAAGCUGUGGAAAAGCCCUUGCUCACACCGCUGCACGCCACCCUGUCGGAUCCCAAGCUCAAGUGUCGAGAGGUGUCUUGGAAGUCUGCAGACAGGGGGUGGAUUUGUGCCAAGAGGUGGUGCGACCGAGAGUUCUACCUCCUCUUGGAUGGGACAAGUACGUCUUUGUCACGUUGUCAGGAGGAGUGUGCAAGGUUUGCAUCCAUCCACUUCAGCAGCAUCUUCAUGAUGUGA